AUGAGUGCCACCCAUGACAACCGUUUUACGGCACUGGUCGAAUGGAAUAAAGCCAACGGCGGGCAAUUAAACCCUGCAGUCGAAGUCUAUAAUGAUCCCAUCACUAAUGUGUCGCUCCGGGCCAAGGAGCCGGUUACCCUGGACGCGGAUGGUCACUGCGCCAUAGUGAGCUGCCCCCUGUCCACCACCCUCUCCGUCCUCAACGCCUUGACGGGAAGUCCACUGUCGAUAUCGACCUCUGGAGACAAUGGAUCCUCGCAAGAGUCACCACCAGCAUUCCCAGACCACUUCCUCCAAAAUGUCCCCCCGCACGUCGUCAGCCGCUUCUUCCUGAUCCAGCAGUACCUCCUUGGCCCCAAAUCACACUGGCACCCCUACAUCGCCUCCCUCCCGCAACCAGAACACCUUGCUUCCUGGAACCUGCCCCCCUUUUGGCCCGAUGAGGAUGCUUCUGUGCUGGCUGGGACCAACGCCGGCGUCGCGGCCGACGAGAUGGCCGACCUCGCGGGCCGGGAGUCCAAGCAGGGUCGGCGGGCGCUGAGGGACUCGGGCCUCGAGAACUGGAGGGAGUACAGCCCGCUGCUGUACCGCUGGGCUUACUGCAUCUUUACCAGCCGGAGCUUCCGGCCCAGUUUGGUAGUUCCUCCCGCGGUCUGGGAAUCGUUGAAGAGGGAGCAUGCAAAGUACCUAGACGGGUGUGAGAUGGACGACUUUUCCAUCUUGAUGCCAUUGUUUGAUAUUGCGAACCACGAUCCCCUGGUCCAAGCUACCUGGGACAGCGAAUCUUUGCCCGGCGAAUGUAGGCUCUUGGUCAAUGGCCGAAGCCGGCAAGGCUACAAACCAGGCGAGCAGAUCUUCAACAACUACGGGCUCAAGACCAACAGCGAGCUGCUGGUGGCCUAUGGCUUUGUGCUGCCCGAGUCGGAUGAUCUGCACAAUGAUUACGUCCACGUGCGGCUACAGACUCAAAGCCCCGAUGAUGGAACGACGGAGAAAAGACCGACCAAACCUCGCGACUUCCUCAUAUCCCUGGAUCCACUGUCCAGCCACAGGUCGGUAGUUGGCCGUGCGCGGCAGUGGAUUCACGACCGGCAGGGGCUCAGGAGGGACUUUGCGCACUGCCAAGACGCACUCUUGUGGCUCUUUUGCGAGGCCUAUCUGCGUGAACAGGGGCUGGAUCACGUUGCGAAAGUAGCUCGUCUCGCUGCUAUCCUCGCAGAUCCGUCGCCAGCAGAACACGAAGAGUUGAUAGAAUCGCUCCGCGAAUUCCUCCUCAACAAGCUACAGUCCGACUACGUCAAGAUAUCGGCCGAAGGCUGCGAAGCCAUGGAGACACUGUUGGCCGAAUGCGAUGGCGCCGACGAAGCCGAGGGUUCCAUCAGCGACAAUCAAGCUCUGGCGAUACGGUACCUGCAGGCCGUCGUGCGGGUGAUGCAGAAUGCCAUGGUGGCCCUCGAUCCGACCAUAUCAUUCCAGCAUGCGCCAGAGGAUGGGGAGGGCGAAGAUUAA